GGAUUCCAGAACUCUUAAGUCAUAAAGACUGCCGAAAGAUAGGGAAAGCAUUCAUGGAUGCAUUCCUUUCCAAGGACCCUUGUAGCAGUACAGAACGAGACUACCAACCGCUGCUGGAGCUGACAAAUCAAACUGUACCUUGCAACAAGACCCUCUUUUGGAGCAAAUCAAGUGAGCUGGCGCAUCAGUACACAACUGUCCAGCAGGAGAUGUUCACGCUGGAGAACACACUCCUGGGUUACAUAGCCGAUGGUCUCAACUGGUGUGGAGAUGCGGAUUCUUCUGAAAUAAACUAUGGCUCUUGUCCAAAGAUGGGGAAACAAUGCAACGACACAGUUUUUGUAUUCUGGAACACCGUGUCUCAAAGGUUUGCAGAAAAUGCCUGCGGUGUGGUCCAGGUGGUGCUCAAUGGGUCCAUCAGUAAUACCUUUAAUAAAAACAGCACUUUUGGACGUGUGGAAAUCUAUAAUUUGCGACCAGAGAAGGUUCCUACACUGCAAGCCUGGGUGAUGCAUGACAUUGGAGAUCGCAGUGUCGCAUGCUCAAGUUCCUCCAUCAAUGAUCUGAAAUUGAUUUUAAGCAACAGGAAUAUUAAAUUUACCUGCCACGAUAACUACAGGCCUAUAAAGUUUCUUCAGUGUGUGAAAAAUCCCGAGCAUUCAUCGUGCAGAUCUUUAAUAUGAGCCAAUAUAAAAGUUUCAGAGCUUGGAGCCCUUCUGAUAUACAUCACUGUGCCUGACUCAGGAGACACGCUGGUGGAAAGCCUACAUCCUGACAUCCUUCUCCUCUGUCAUCAUGUCAACACUGGAGAUGGAAUUCUUUCCCCCCAAAGUCUUAAAAUAACUUAUGUUAUUUACAUAGUUGUUAUUUUCAACUCCUAAUAUUUAAGAAAAAAUUACUACAUAAAAUUAAAGAGAAAAUUUUAUAUUAAAUUAUUUCAUUUUAAUUUUCAUGUGAUGCUUUUAUCUAGUUUAUAUGUUGGUAACAUUCUUUCGAAGAAUGACCACACCAAAAUCUCUUGUUUAACAGGCAAGAAAGGUAAAGAAAGGUAGAUGUCCAAACUUUUCAGAAAACAUUACAUUUGCAAAUGAAUGACAUUGUCUCAGGAUAUAUUUUUGAACCUUUCCUACAGAUAAACAAUAAUGCCAUGGUUAUGGGUCAUGUUGGGGAAAAUAUUCUGUAGGAUACAAACUACCCAUAUAAUGGAUACUUUACCUCUAAGAACCUUUCUAACAACUCUAUGAUGUUGAUAUUUUUAUCUCUCAUUUGUUAGAUGAGAAAGUGGAAGUUCAGAGAGGUUAUAUAAUUCGCCUAAGGUCAUACAUUUAGUUCAAGGUAGAGGCUGAAUUUGAACUCAGCUCUGUCUGACUCCAAAGUAUAUGUGCUCUCUCUGUCUAGGCCUGUAAUACCAAA